UUACAAGAACAUCCAUCAUAAUUCAUUUCCCAUUUUUUUUUUGAAAGAAUUCAUAGCCCCAUUUUGUCAAACCGUUAUUUUUUUGUAAAUAAAAAAUAAAAUCAUAAAAGAAAAACCCUCUAAAACAUGACUUAAAAAAACAAUAAAAAAAACAUAAAAAAAUUCAGGUGUUAGGAGAGAGAAACGGUCUGAGGGUGUUCUUGUAGGUGUGUUGUGUGUAGAUGGCGACGGAGCUCGUCAACCGAUCUCCGUUAUUCUUUGCAAUCUUCGCCAUCUUAUCUCAGGUGGAGAGAAGUUGAGAAGUGUAAUUAGGUGAUGUCUGUUGAUAGCCUUGUCAAGCAAUGGGGUUGUGGAAAACCAGGUGCGAAUAAUCAGAGAAUGGGUUCUAUCACUUCUAUCGUUUGCGACAUAGGGGAUCCUUGCCUUCAUCAUUCGCCUAUCAAGGUUAUGGUGACUGUAAACAAAAUGCUGAAGCCUGAUAAGUGGCAGGCAGUUUUUGAUAGUGAAGGCAAGGCUCUAGGUUUUCAAAAAGCUUUGAAGUUGAUUAUCUUAGGGGGCGUGGAUCCAUCUAUAAGGUCAGAAGUAUGGGAAUUUCUUCUUGGUUGUUAUGCACUGGGCAGUACCAGAGAGUACCGUAAUCUGCUGAGAGCAGCCAGAAGGGAGCGAUAUGAAGAACUUGUAAGACAAUGUCAAAAAAUGCAUUCAAGCAUAGGAACGGGCUCACUUGCUUAUGUUGUUGGCUCGAAAAUUAUGGAUGUGAGGGCAUAUUCUAAAGAUGAUGUGAAAAGAGAAGCUGAAUCUGAAGAAAGACAUGCUUCCGGAGAUGAUACUAACAAACUUAACGCUUACUGUGAUAGGAAUAAUAAUUGUACAGAUACAACAUAUACAUGCCAAAGGGAAAGCUCUAGCGAUUCUUCUGAUAUUGCCAGUGUGAGAGAAAGCAUUGAUAGUGCUGCUUAUGAUUCAUCUUGCCUUGUUCCCAGCCCUGUAAAAUUCAAUUGCAGUUCCUUGAGACCUAGGAGGCAAACUAAUGAACCUCAAUUUCCAGUUGAUGAAUAUUAUGAUUUUCCUGCCUUACCGGUCACAGAUUUAUUUGAGAAGAGCGAUGAAAGUGAUCAAGCAAAUGAAUCACAUGAUGAUGGACAUUCUACACCAUGGAAAAGAGUUGGCAAUCAAAGCAUGCACAGUUUUCAGAUUGAUAAUAAUGAUGAAUUAGUUAUUGAAUCAAAUGGCUCACGAUCUGAUAGUGUUCGACAGUCUAUCAGUUCCGAAAUUGAGAUGGCUGAUGGCCACUGUGAUACUCCUCACGAGCAAGUGUUGAGACAGGAUAUCCAAAAGUACAAAAAUAAAGUACUGAACAAAUUGAGAAUAUCUGAUGUGCCAGAAACAGCAGAGCUUUAUUCAAGCAAAUGCGAAGAAGCUGAACCUAGUGAAGAUAAAGUAUCUGAAUGGCUCUGGACUCUGCAUAGAAUAGUGGUAGAUGUGGUUAGAACUGAUAGUCAUCUUGAGUUCUACGAGGAUCCAAAGAAUUUGGCGAGGAUGUCUGACAUUCUUGCUGUUUACGCAUGGGUUGAUCCUGAGACAGGAUACUGCCAAGGAAUGAGUGAUUUACUGUCUCCAUUUGUCGUUCUUUUUGAAAAUGACGCGGAUGCAUUUUGGUGCUUUGAGAUGCUUCUUCGACGAACGAGAGAAAACUUUCGAAUGGAAGGACAAACUGGAGUAAUGAAGCAGUUGCAAACACUUUGGCAAAUCUUAAAACUGACUGACAGAGAAAUGUUCUCACACUUAACUCACAUAGGUGCGGAAAGCCUUCAUUUUGCCUUCCGUAUGCUGCUAGUGCUUUUCAGAAGAGAAUUAUCAUUUACUGAAGCCCUUUGUAUGUGGGAGAUGAUGUGGGCUGCUGAUUUUGAUGAACCCCUUGCUUGGAAUCUUGCUCAAAACUGUCUUGAACCAUUGGUGCUGCAACUGCCGGAUGAUGUGGGCACUGAGAGCGGAGAGGAAAGGAAAGAAACGGACGAGAGCAGUUCAAAGUCUGGCCCACUUGCAAAAAAUGAAAAUAGUGAACAUGCCAGUUCUGAGGAGGCGGCGAUGAAGUCCUUAGCAUCUAACCAUUCCUUUUGUGGCUUAACUAGGACCUUCUGGUCUCGGAGUGACCGCACACAUGAGCGCACUGGGUUCUCAGCAACAAGGAAUGGGGAGGAUGACCUACCUGUGUUUUGUGUGGCGGCAAUUUUAAUUUUAAACCGUCACAAAGUCAUCAAAGAAACUCGUUCAAUAGAUGAUUUAAUCAAGAUUUGUAAUGAUAAUGUGCUGAAGAUAAGAGUCAAAAGAUGCAUACGGACAGCAAUCAAGCUCCGGAAAAAAUAUUUCUACAAGAUGAUAAAGUAUAGUAAUCCAUCGCCUCAGAAAGACCCUCCAAAUUAACCUGGUGAUGCGCAUUCACCUAGGAAGGCUGAGCCAUUUACGUUUGAAUCCAUGCUGCUUGAUCGUGCAAAGCUUCUUGUAGAUCUUCAUGUGAUUCUUUGUGCUGUAGUUUUGAGGUCUUUGUAUUUUCUAUUGGCUCAUCCUGUGAUGUUUAUUGCAACAAAUUCUGCCUUUCUGAUGAGUUGAUGGAAUGAAGGCUGUCAAGGUGUGCACAGAUGGAUCACAGAUGAUGUGGCUCUAAGAGUUUGAUCUACAUGUCACUCUAUCAGGAGGGAAAAUAAAAUUUGAUAGCACAAUUUUGUAGUUGGUACACCCAAUUCUUUGACACAAAAUAUAUCAAAAAUCAAUAUAAUGUUGUUUCAGUUAGUUGUUGUUCCUUACUUUCAAUGCACAAAUAGGUGGUUUUACACCUUAAUAUGUGAACAAAAAUUGACUUUAGAAAGCUUUAAAGGAAAGUAGAUUAAUCUCUAUAUGAUCUAAAUUUUAAAGAUA